CUUACCUGCUGAGCCAGUGCGCACAGGUGAGGCGGCGGCUCCGGGUCCAGGAGGUCCAGUGGGCCGCGCCCCAGAGGCUGAAACUGAGGCUCAGAGAGGUGAAGUGACUUGUCCAAGGUGUCACAGCAAGUGUGGAGAUUGGCCUUCGGAGAAGGGAGGCGGCUCUCCAAGGGUCCCCGCAGCAGGUCAGUGACUAGAACCCUCGCCGACAGGUGCACCUCCCAUCCCGCAGCUGUUCUCCUUCCGUGUAAAGGCACUGAGGCUCGGCAAGGAGCAGCAGACACCAGCACCAGCCAUGAACUACAUGGGGCAGCUGGCGGAGACGGUGUUCGGGACGGUGAAGGAGCUGUACCGGGGCCUGAACCCGGCCACCCUGAGCGGUGGCAUCGACGUGCUGGUGGUGAGGCAACUGGACGGCUCCUUCCGCUGCUCGCCUUUCCACGUGCGCUUCGGCAAGCUGGGCGUCCUGCGGUCGCGGGAGAAGGUGGUGGAUAUCGAGAUCAACGGGGAGCCAGUGGACUUGCACAUGAAACUGGGGGACAGCGGGGAGGCCUUCUUUGUCCAGGAGCUGGAGAGUGAUGAGGAACCCGUGCCUCCCCGCCUGUGCACCUCACCCAUCCCUUGGGGGGGCCUGUCUGGGUUCCCCUCGGACUCCCAGCUGGGCACAGCCGGCGAGCUCAAGGGCUCCCUCAUGGCGGGCACGGGCUCCAUGGGGCGGAGGAAGAGGCGCCGCCGGAGAAAGCCCCGGCGGAAGGACAGCGCGGUGGCAGCUGGUUCUAGUUCGGAGGAGCUGGAGGUGGGCACUGAGAGCGAGCCGUCCCCGCCGGAGGAGCCGAGGCCAGAGCCCCCGGGCAGCAUCCACUCGGAAGAGGAGUCCUCGCCGCAGCCCAAAGACAUCUACCCCUACUCUGAUGGAGAAUGCUCCCCCCAGGCCAGCCCCAUGUCAGGUGGGCUCACGUCCCCGAAGAGUGACUCUGAGCUGGAGCUGCGGACCCCGGAGCCCAGCCCGCUGAGAGCUGAGUCCCACAUGCAGUGGGCCUGGGGGAGGCUGCCCAAGGUGGCCAAAGCUGAGCAGCUCGAGUCCUCCCUGGUUCCUGAAGGCAGCCCUGGGACAACCUCUCCUCCUGGAGGAAGGAUCAGCACCCCGUCUGGUUCUGUGGCUGGUGUGGACCUCUGGAGCUCCCCAAUCCUGCCAACAGGGGCUGGCACUGACUUGUUUCAGUCUGAUGCAGAGUCUUCCCCUUUGGUGGGUUCCCCUCUCCCCACCCCAGAGAGGGAGGAAAUCCAGACCCGGAGCUCCAGGCACACAAGCCACCCCCCUGUCUCUAAAUCCUGGAGCUGGGCACCUGUGCAGGGCUCGGCUCCCAGCGGGCAGCCAGCAGGGGUCUUCAGGAGGAAAGGUUCCCUGAAGAGAAGCCAGCACCUGGGCCCCAGUGACAUCUAUCUUGACGACUUGCCCUCCCUGGACUCAGAGAAUGCAGCCCUUUACUUCCCACAAAGUGACUGUGGGCUGGGGGCCAGGAGGUGGAGUGACCCAAGCAGCCAGAAGCACCUGCAGGACCCUGGCCCUGAGUACAUACCAGAACCCAGUACAGAUGCAGUGAACAUGACAGCUCUGUCCCUCUGUGGUGGACUGGCUGACAGCCAGGACAUCAACCCGGAGAAAUUCAACCAGCACAUCGUCUCCUACCAGGACUUUGCCGAAAACCCUGGCCUCCUGGAUGACCCAAACCUCGUGGUGAAAAUCAAUGAGAAGCAUUAUAACUGGGCUGUGGCUGCCCCCAUGAUCCUCUCCCUGCAAGCCUUCCAGAAGACCUUGCCAAAGAGCGCCGUGGACAAGCUGGAGAAGGAGAAGAUGCCCCGGAAGGGUGGGCGGUGGUGGUUUUCCUGGCGACGCAGGGACUUCCCGGCCGAGGAGCGCGGUGCCCAGAGGGAGAAGAUCGCCGCCAGGGAGCAGCGGGAGGAGAAGGUGGGCAUCCCGAGCAGCGAGGACGAUGCCCCAGACAGCCCUGUGGUCCUCGAAGCCCCCUCCCUGCCACCCUCACCACCAGCCUACGCUCCCACCUACAAGAAAUCUCUCCGCCUCUCCUCCGAGCAGAUUCGGUGCCUGAACCUGCAAGAAGGUGCCAACGACGUGGUCUUCAGUGUGACCACCCAGUACCAGGGCACCUGCCGCUGCAAGGCCACCAUCUACCUGUGGAAGUGGGACGACAAGGUGGUCGUCUCUGACAUCGAUGGCACCAUCACCAAGUCGGAUGCUCUGGGCCACAUUCUGCCCCAGCUGGGGAAAGACUGGACACACCAGGGCAUCACCAGUCUCUACCACAAAAUCCACCUAAACGGGUACAAGUUCCUGUACUGCUCGGCGCGGGCCAUCGGCAUGGCUGACCUCACCAAAGGGUACAUGCAGUGGGUGAGCGAGCGUGGCUGUGGCCUCCCCAAGGGCCCCAUCCUGCUGUCUCCCAGCAGCCUCUUCUCUGCACUCCACAGAGAAGUGAUUGAGAAGAAGCCAGAGGUGUUCAAGAUUGCCUGCCUGCAUGACAUCCAGCAGCUGUUUCUGCCCCAGGGACAGCCCUUCUAUGCAGCCUUUGGGAACAGGCCCAAUGACGUCUUUGCCUAUCGGCAGGUGGGGCUACCUGAAUCGCGCAUUUUCACGGUCAAUCCACGGGGAGAGCUCAUCCAGGAGCUCAUGAAGAACCACAAAUCCACGUAUGAGCGGCUCGGUGAGAUGGUCGAGCUCCUCUUCCCACCUGUGGCCCGUGGCCCCAGCACAGACCUGGCCCAACCUGAAUACAGCAACUUCUGCUACUGGCGGGAGCCGCUGCCCGCACUGGACCUCGAGGCCCUGGCCUGAUCCUGCCCCGGCUGCCUGGGGCCUCCCUGCUGUCCCUCCUCUCUGGCCUGGCCCAGAACUGACUGGGCAUCUGGGGCAGUGGGAGCUGGAAGCUGGGGUACUGCAGGGCCAACCCACCGAAGGGGAGUUGGGGCUGUGAGCUGCCAGUUGAGCAGCAGGGGGUGAAGCAGAUGCUGCAGGCCUCAGUGUGGCCCUGGCCUGUAGCAAUUAAAUGUGGGUCAUCUGGGCCCUUGUGGGAUCCCCCCUGCCUGUGAUGUCUCUGUCCCUGUAACCCAGGGGCCCCGGCAGGGCAGAGAGAAGAGGGAGACCUCAUUAAGUCUUGAGGCUUGUAUGCUCAGGGAAAGUUUGGGGGCUGCCCUGAAGCAGCAGCGGGGAGACUGGUUGAGCAACAUCUGGGAAGGGGACACGACGUCCUUGCCCCCUUCAUUCUGGGAGCCUGGACUUAAACCUUCCGAAGCCAGCCUCUUACGUGAAUGAGCUCUGGCCCCUUCCCAUGGCUCUUGAGCCAGACUUCACUGGUGUUUUAGCACACCGUGCACACCCCAGCACCCCUCUGGCACAGGGCAGGUGGGUUCCCAGGCAACGCGAGGGCUGCUGAGGGAGCCCGGCUGCCAUUUGACCUAGCCCUGCCCAGCAGUCCCUGCUCCUCUCAGCCCCAAACUCUGCCGGGGCAGGUGGAUCCCUGGCCUCUGCGGCUGGUUCGGCGCUCACUCAGCCGCUGAGCUGUUGCCCGAGGAGCUGUGAGAAGCCUGAAACCCCAGUCAGCCUUCCCUCCCACCAUCAUUGGUGAAAAACAUACCUUUUGACUGGCUAAAAGCUUUAAUCCAGAACCUGCCCUCCCCAACAGUACUAGAGUGAAGGGCAGCACACCGAAUGUCCAGAAACCAGAAGGCAGGGCUGUGGGCACCUACAAAACAAUACAGGAGGGCUCUUGCUGCUGUGGGGGAAAUCAAGGCAAGAAGCCGCAGCAGAGACCAACAUGAGGGUCUCUGGGAACCUGCGCAGGCCUGAGGAACACCUGUUUAAGUUGUCUGAAUUUCUCAUGACUUUGUCAACAUCCUGGCAGGGCUGGGGUCUUGCAAGAGUGUUGGGGGCAAGGCCUGGACCCCUUCCCUUCCAGCUAUGGCCCCCUUCCCAGGGUCCGGCCUCAUUCUGGAGAGAAGCCCUGACCUGGUGGAAAAGAUUUUCCCCCAAAAUGGAAGGAAAAGGAAUACUUGGGGGCCAGAGUUCCCUGCAAAUAUCCUGGGAAGAAAAGAAAAAGGAGAUAUUGGGGUGGGGUCUCCGAACCAAUUGCCUAGACCCAGUCCUUGCCUCUGAGAUUCUACAGCUGCCUACACCCUCACCUUGUGGAAGGAUCUGAAGGAAUAAAGAGAACUCUCAGCCGA